AUGUCUGUCUUCUUCGAAGAGCUCUUGAAUCAGCCAAAUGUCAUCAUCACUGCCCGGCCCAACGCACGGCUUCCUCCUCGGCUAGAUCCUCUCGACCUCGAGUUGGAAACCAUUGGAUUCUACCCGGACCAAAUCACGGCCUACAUUGAAAACACCUUUACCGAUCGAGAAACGAGCGAACGCGAUUUGGAAAAGAUCAAAGAGGUUCAAUCGUUUCUGCAACGCCAUCCGCUCAUGCAAGGUCUAAUGCGUAUCCCGAUCCAGCUAGAUGCGUUUUGCUAUACCUGGAAUGGUUUUCCUCGGGCAGGUGUGCCGGAGACCAUGACAGCUGUCUACAAAGCUAUCGAGGAGAGUCUGUGGAAAAAAGAUAUCUUGAAGCUACAGAAAAAGAAGGAUGGUGAGCCUGUAACGGGAGACCAGAUUAAGAAGGCUAGCCGGAAAAAGAUUGAAAGCUUCGUGGAGCAGGAGCUCAGAUUCCUUGAGUGCCUUGCCUUUUUGGGGUUCUAUGACGACGUGAUAGACUUCGAUUGGGAACUUCGAAACGCUGUUUCUGAUAGAUUUGCAUCAGAUCUCCUACUCGACAAAGAUCUGCCUUGUCUCUCAUUCCUACGAACGUCGGACCCUUCAUCAAACGACCAAGAUCGAAAUUACCACUUCUUACACCUCACGUUUCAAGAGUAUUUUGCAGCACGGUAUUUCAUUCGACAGUGGAAAGAUAAACAACAGCUCAAUUAUCUGCAACUCAGCCGUGACAAUUGUAACAAUAUGGAACCUGCCACUUUCCUUAAGAAGUAUAAAUACGAUCCUCGCUACGAUAUCUUCUGGCGCUUUGUCGCAGGAUUACUCGAUGCCGAUGACAUGGCCCUCGACUUCUUCCAGAUGAUUGAGAAGGAACCACGCGAUCUCCUAGGACCUACGCACCAACGCCUUAUCAUACAUUGCCUAAGCGAAGUUGAGCGGAAGGAGUCGAAUUUCACGGGACUUCGAGCGAGGCUAGAAAACCAACUAGAACAGUGGCUACUGUUUGAAUCCGAUUCUACGGGGAAUUCCGAACUAGUCCAUGAAAUGGAGUGUCCGGGGCAGGUCCUGUCCAAUGUAUUAACGCAAGCAUCUGAAGGCGCAAGAACGGUUCUUCUCGAAUCACUAUCUAGACGAACAGCAGUGCCGUUCAGUGUUAUAAAAGUCGUAUCUCCCUGGCUGACCAACCGCACCUCUGCACACCAAUGUGCUGCUAUCUUGCGUAUGUUAGGAAACCAGCAUAAUAACUUACCGGACAAGAUCCACCAAAGCAUCGCAGCACGGCUCGAGGAUGAGGACCGGGGCGUCCGGGAGGCAGCAAUGGGGGCGCUUGGAGGCCGCGCCGACCUCCCCGACCAGGUGCUCCAAAGCAUCGCAGCACGGCUCGAGGAUGAGGACCGGGGCGUCCGGGGGGCAGCAAUCGACGCGCUUGGAGGCCGCGCCGACCUCCCCGACCAGGUGCUCCAAAGCAUCGCAGCACGGCUCGAGGAUGAGGACCAGGGCGUCCGGAAGGCAGCAAUCGACGCGCUUCUAUAUCAAUCAGCAUUACCGUUACAUAUCCUCAUCCCAUAUAUCCGAUCCUUUUACGACGCUUUACUCCAGAAGAGCUUCAGGGAGCAUUUAUACUGGUACGCUUCGGAAAGUAGUUUUAUAGGGACUAAUCUUGGACAUAUUUCUUUAACCGGCGAGCAACAUAACGUAAAGGAGGCGGUGAGGAAGCUACUGUUAGAGAAGGGCGCUGCCAACGCCAUAAAACAACUCAUUCGUUCUACGUUCAUAUUCGCACUUUUCUCUUUCCAGUUUUUUUUAUCUUUAAACAUAGCGUGCCACCAGAAGGGUCCGGGAGAACGUGUGAAUAUAUACUUGUUUGUGAGUUCUAGCAUCUUCCAGAUAUUUAUUUCUCACAAAAUAAUAACUCACUUGCUACUGACCUCAUUCUACAUUGAGCGUCAACUCUCGUCACGUUAUCAUCAUGCGAAGAGAACUAUUGUGCCGCCUUUGGAGGGCUCCUCCGGACUGGCUCAUUGUAUCACACUCUUACCGCUCCGCCGCAUGCUGAUAAUGUGUAGGCUACAACUCACGACCCCACAGCCGAUCAUGAUCUGCACGUGGACCCACUGUCACGGCGGUUGGCUUGCGUCAGCAUCAGACGACAACACCAUCAAGAUCUGGGAUGCGGCAACGGGGUCAUGUACCCAGACGCUUGAGGGACAUCGCCAUUCCGUCUGGUCGGUAGCGUCUUCCCUCAACUCGAAGGUGAUUGCAUCCAAGUCAGAUGAUGCCAACCCCCCACAUUAUCAAGGCUAUGGGAUAGACUUGAGCCAAAGAUGGAUUACGAGGGGCUCAGAAAACUGGCUAUGGCUGCCUCUGGAAUAUCAGUCAAGGCGUUCAGCUGUAGCGGCAUCAACAGUUGCUAAUGGCUGUUCUUCGGGACGCGUCCUAACUAUCACGUUCACGACAGACAGCUAA